UUCAGUCAAGUGCUCCGCGAAAUAACUAUUAAAUUUAUCGGACCCGACGACUUCAUUUUUGCGGAAACCCAGUAACUAAUAAUUUGUUGUAUGAGUCAGAAAGCCGAAAGACCAGUACUAUCAGGUCAACGCAUUAAGACCAGGAAAAGGGAUGAAAGAGAGAAGAAUGACCCCACGGGAUUCCGUGACGCGGUCAUUGCAGGUCUCGAUUCAGCUGAAGAUCUAGAGCAAAUUUACAAGUACCUUGACAGCGCUGGUAAUAAACUCGACUAUCGUCGCUACGGUGAAGUAUUAUUCGAUAUCUUAAUUGCUGGUGGAUUACUCGUACCCGGAGGAUCUAUCUCACAAGAUGGCGAGAAACCACGUACCGAUCGCUGUAUAUUCGCAGCAUCGGAAGACAUGGAAUCGAUGCGGAACCAUGAGCAGAUCUUUAUACGGCUUAUGCGUCGAUACAAGUAUCUCGAGAAAAUGUUUGAAGAGGAAAUGAAGAAAAUUCUGAUUUUCAUCAAGGGUUUUACUCCACUCGAAAGGAUCAAACUCGCUCGCAUGACAGCUCUGUGGAUGGCUAAUGGAUCCAUUCCACCGCAAGUGCUGAACGUGCUGAACAAUGAACACCUGACGAAGGAUGGGAUAGCGCUGGAGUUUCUGCUAGAGGUGUUUAUCACUUUCAAGCAAGAGAAGGGUGGCAAUGCGCCCUUGGUGGCGGCUCUGCGCAAGGGUGGUCUCGACACCCGCCUAAUGGACUUUCUGCCCAUGAACAAGCGCAGCGAGGACUACCUCAAGACGGUACUUGUUGAGAAGGAUCUGGCCGAAAUUUUCAAGCUCCAUAUGGCUCAGGCGAGCCAGGAAGCAAAGCGAGAACUGACGCAGCUGCUUAUUGAUGAUAUUAACGAUAAUAAGACAAUUAAGGAUAUUAUCGCCGACGCGAAGGAAAUGUCGACGAAAUCAAACAUUCCCGAGCAUGAAGUAGUUGGUCUCAUUUGGUCCACCGUUAUGUCACUAGCCGAAUGGAACAAGAAGGAAGAGCUGGUCGCGGAGCAAGCACUGAAACAUCUGCGCACCUACACGCCGCUGUUCGAAGCGUUCACCACCACGGACCGAUCCGAGAUGGUUCUUCUGUUGAAGGUGCAAGAGUUUUGCUACGAAAACAUGAACUUUAUGAAGGCUUUUUCGAAGAUUGUUUUGCUUUUCUACAAAACCGAAGUAAUCACAGAAGAUUCGAUUCUGAAGUGGUACAAGGAGGGCCAUUCUAACAAGGGAAAAAUGCACUUCCUGGAACAGAUGAAGAAAUUCAUUGAGUGGCUGCAGAACGCCGAAGAAGAAAGUGAAUCUGAGGAAGACUAA